AUGGGCGCGUCUCCACGCCCAGGCACGGCGCCGUCGCUCCAGCCCGUCGAGCUCAUCACCCAACUUCCGCUGCUGUACCGCGUCUUCUUCCUGUACCUCGAGCCCGUCAGUGCGCUGGUGGGCGCCUACUUCGCCGCUUGCCGCCCGCACGCCUACCUGGCGCUCACGCACUCCGCGUCGGCGCCCGCUCCGGCCGCCGUCCCCACCGGCACCGCCGUCGUGCUCGCCCAACUUGCGAACCUGUACGUGCUGUUCACGCUCAACGAGGCCUUCGUGCUGCGCAGCUCCCGCGACGUCCGCGUCUGGCGCGCGCUGCUUUCCGUCCUGCUCGCCGCUGAUCUGGGCCAUCUGUGCAGCGUCGCCCCGCUCGGCCUCCACCAGUACUACGCCGCCUGGCGCUGGAACGCCAUGGACGCCGGAAAUCUGGGCUUUGUGUACUUGGGCGCCAUCAUGCGCGUCGCCUUUCUGGCCGGCGUGGGCGUGCGGACGUCACGCACCGCGCUGGUAGCUGGCCCCAAGAAGAUCAAGAUGUGA